GUCUCUGUAGGUUGGGCGAUUCAGUUUCCCACUUAACCCUCACUUAACCUCACAAUUGACACAUUUAGAAUUCAAGUUGAUUUAAGCCCAAAAUCGCGAUGAUUCUUUUACAACACAUCAAGAUCGCCAAAACUGUGUCAAAUACGUUCCUCCAGCGCUCGCCGCACAUACCAAAACACGUCUUCAGAGCCAAAAACGACUUUACCAAAUAUGCGGAGCACAAACCGAUUGAAAAAAUUCGGAAUAUCGGUAUUUCCGCUCACAUUGAUUCGGGUAAAACGACCCUCACCGAGCGAAUUCUGUACUACACCGGCCGCAUUGAAACGAUGCACGAAGUGAAGGGGAAGGACAACGUGGGGGCGACCAUGGACUCGAUGGAGCUGGAACGGCAGAGAGGCAUAACGAUUCAGUCCGCCGCCACGUACACACUGUGGAAAGACCACAAUAUCAACAUAAUCGACACUCCCGGUCACGUUGACUUUACCGUUGAAGUGGAGCGAGCUUUGCGGGUCCUGGACGGGGCUAUCCUUGUCCUGUGUGCCGUCGGGGGCGUCCAGAGCCAGUCGCUGACCGUCAACCGCCAAAUGAAGCGCUACAACGUGCCUUGCUUGGCCUUCAUCAACAAACUGGACCGCAUGGGGGCUGACCCGAACCGGGUUCUGACCCAAAUGCGCUCCAAAAUGAACCACAACGCCGCCUUCAUCCAGCUCCCAAUCGGGCUCGAGGGCGACUGCAAGGGGGUGAUUGACCUGAUCCAGAGAAAAGCGCUUUAUUUCGAGGGCAAUUUCGGGGACCAGAUCCGCAUCGACGAAAUCCCCAAAGACAUGCGGAGCGAGAGCGAGGAGCGCCGACACGAACUGAUCGAGCACGUGUCCAACGUCGACGAGGUCUUGGGCGAGAUGUAUUUGGAAGAGCGCCCCAUCACCGAGAACGAUAUUAAGGGGGCUAUCAGGCGCAGCUGCUUGAAGCGGAGCUUCACCCCCGUUUUGGUGGGGACGGCUCUGAAAAACAAGGGGGUGCAGCCGCUCCUCGAUGCCGUUUUGGAGUACCUUCCGAACCCGGGCGAAGUCUCUAACUACGCUCUGAGGGAGAAGGAAGGGUCUGAACCUGAGAAGGUUCUCUUGAACCCGGAUCGUAACAAUGAUAAGGGGUUCAUUGCUCUGGCGUUCAAGCUCGAGGCUGGAAAAUUCGGCCAGUUGACCUACAUGAGGUGCUAUCAAGGUAUGUUGAAAAAGGGCGACUCGAUUUACAAUGCUCGGACCCAGAGGAAGGUCAGAGUGGCGCGGUUGGUUCGCCUGCACUCGAAUAAUAUGGAGGACGUGAAUGAGGUGUACGCGGGUGAUAUUUUCGCCCUGUUUGGGGUCGAUUGUGCCAGUGGUGACACUUUCGUGAUUGACCACAAGAUGGGGCUAUCACUAGAAUCGAUUUUCGUGCCGGAACCAGUGGUUUCAAUGUCGAUAAACCCGGUCAAUAACAAGGAUCGUGACAAUUUCUCCAAAGCUGUGGCUCGGUUCACUAAAGAGGAUCCGACUUUUCACUUUUUCUUCGAUAAUGACAAUAAGGAGACCAUCGUUUCCGGAAUGGGCGAGCUCCACUUGGAGAUAUACGCCCAGAGGAUGGAGCGCGAGUACAACUGUCCCGUGGUCUUGGGCAAGCCCAAAGUGGCCUUCCGGGAGACCCUAGUCUCCCCCUGCACCUUCGACUACCUCCACAAAAAGCAAUCCGGGGGCCAAGGCCAAUACGCCCGAGUUACCGGAGUGUUGGAACCGCUCCCCCCACACAAAAACACUCUCCUUGAGUUUGUGGACGAGACGGUUGGGACCAAUGUGCCUAAGCAGUUCAUUCCCGGAGUCAGGCGGGGGUUCCUGACCAUGGCCGAAAAGGGGCUGCUCUGUGGUCAGAAACUGUCCGGUUUGAAGUUCCGGCUUCAAGACGGUGCGCAUCACAUUGUUGACUCUAGUGAACUGGCGUUCUUUUUGGCCGCUCAAGGGGCUAUUAAGGAGGUGUUCGAGAAUGGGGUUUGGCAGGUGCUUGAGCCGAUCAUGUCCGUGGAAAUUACGGCGCCGGAUGAGUUUCAAGGGAAUAUUAUGACACAGUUGAAUAAAAGGCACGGGAUUGUCACGGGGACUGAGGGCAAAGAUGGCUGGUUUACGUUAUAUGCUGAAGUUCCCUUGAAUGAAAUGUUUGGCUAUGCGGGAGAGUUGAGGUCCAACACGCAAGGGAAAGGGGAAUUUUCGAUGGAGUACAGUCGGUAUUCGCCGUGCUUGCCUGAAGUGCAGAAUAAAUUGAUUGAGGAGUACGAGAGGAGUAUGGGGAUUGUGCCCGACAAGGAUAAGAAAAAGAAGAAGAAUUGAAGUUAUGGUUAAGUUUUGUUUUUUAUGUGAUGUACAUAGUAAUUAAGUCGAAUAAAUUAUUUGGACGU